GUCUCAUCUCUGUCAACUACGGAAGAUGGCCCAGGCUGGGGGAGUCGCUCCCAGGUUCUGCUGCUCCCUCCCCUGAACCAGGGGACGGGGAGAGCCCCUCCCUCCCUCUCUCUCCUGCUCCACUCGCGACGCGGAGAUGGCUCCGUGGCCUCACGGGAACGGCUCCCUGGCCUUGUGGCCAGACGCCCCCACCCUUGUACCCAACACCGCCAACACGAGUGGGCUGCCAGGGGUACCUUGGGCUGCAGCAUUGGCUGGGGCGCUGUUGGCGCUGGCCACUGUGGGAGGUAACCUGUUGGUAAUCGUGGCCAUCGCCCGGACGCCGAGACUCCAGACCAUGACCAACGUGUUCGUCACUUCGUUGGCCGCAGCCGACUUGGUGGUGGGACUCCUGGUAGUGCCGCCAGGGGCUACUUUGGCGCUGACUGGCCACUGGCCCUUGGGCGCGACUGGUUGCGAGCUAUGGACCUCGGUGGACGUGCUAUGCGUGACGGCCAGCAUUGAAACCCUGUGCGCCUUGGCUGUGGACCGCUACCUGGCCGUGACCAACCCACUGCGUUAUAGUGCACUAGUCACCAAGCGCCGUGCUGGAGCGGCCGUGGUCCUGGUGUGGGUGGUGUCCGCCGCGGUGUCCUUUGCGCCGAUCAUGAGCCAGUGGUGGCGCGUAGGUGCGGACGCCGAGGCGCAGCGUUGCCACUCCAAUCCGCUCUGCUGUUCCUUCGCCUCCAACAUGCCCUACGCGCUGCUCUCCUCCUCAGUCUCCUUUUACCUUCCGCUUCUGGUGAUGCUCUUCGUCUACGCACGAGUUUUCGUGGUGGCCAAGCGCCAACUGCGCUUGCUGCGCCGGGAGCUGGGCCGCUUCCCGCCGGAGGAGUCUCCGUCGGCUCUGUCGCACUCUCGGUACUCUGUCACCUCGGGGACGUGCCCUUCGACUCAAGUGCCCUCCGGUGGCCGGCGGCCCGCGCGGCUUCUGCCUCUCCGGGAGCACCGGGCCCUGCGCACCUUGGGUCUCAUCAUGGGCACCUUCACUCUGUGCUGGUUGCCCUUCUUUCUAGCUAACGUGUUGCGCGCCCUAGGGGGACCCUCUCUAGUUCCUGACCCGGCUUUCCUCGCCCUUAAUUGGCUAGGCUAUGCCAACUCUGCCUUCAACCCACUGAUCUACUGUCGUAGUCCGGACUUUCGCAGCGCUUUCCGCCGUCUUUUGUGCCGCGGCAGCGGCUGCGGUCCAGAGGAGACCCGGGCCACUGCCUCCCCAGCUCGCCAUCCCUUGAGCUCUCCAGCCGCCGGGGCCAGCCCCGUGGAGUCCAGGCCAUGUUCACCGCUCAACAGGUUUGAAGGCUAUGAAGGUGAGAAUGCACUUCGGAUAUGAAAGACAGCGCAGGAGGAACCUGGCUUCCUGAGGAGUUUUAAGAAACAAUUCCGUGGAUGCAGAACCUUUGGAAAGUCUCUGGGCUCUCUGUUCAGAAUGAGCCCUAAGGAAUGCCCCAGCUGUAAAACUACUUUCCAGAACCUGCUGACUGGGCUAUGGAAUGGGAAGCGGGUUCCUUAAACCAAGGGGGUUUUCACCAUCUUCUCUCUCUCCGAGGGAAGUUUUCUAAACCUCCUCCCACUACUACCUCAGCAGCCAGGGUGCCAGGCUGCCUGCACCAGCUGCCCUGAGAGCAGCCCCAUGGCUAUGACAGGGUGCACAUCACCUUGCUCACUUGUGUGUGGUGUGUGUAGGGCAACGAGAGCACUCUAGCUCCAUUCCUGCUGCUGCCCAGACCCAGAAAAACCAUGGGUAUUCUCUAGGUUCUGUGACCAGGCUAGAAGAGGCCAAGGUUUAGGGUUUUGUCCCUGGUUCCUGCUCUAUGGCUCUCGGCACAUCAAUGUCUCUCGGCACACCAAUGUCUCUCACAUUAGACACAGAACAAGUCUGAUCUACCUCACGCAGAAGGACUUCUUCAGGGCUGGGGGGGGGACUCCAGGGUUCAUAGGAAGAUGAACCAUUGGAACAGAUCCCUUCUUUUCCAUUUAAAAUCAAAUUAAUAAAUAUUACAGAAUACAGCUCAUCCUUUGCUCUC